AUGAGAAAGAUCUUUAGUAUAUUAUUAUUAUUAUUAUUAGUUUCUAUUUUAUAUUUAUCAGCUGUCCAAUUCAGUAAAAUAAAAAAGAAUGCAAGAUUAAGAGAUGAAUCAUUUAUUCGAGCUGAUGAUCAUAAGUAUUCGGCAGAUAUAAUUGAAUCAAUUCAUUCAGAUAUUCCGGGUGAUCCACAAAUAAAAGUACGCUUUGCAAAUAUAGAUGAGGAUGAAGAUGAAGCAACAAUUUCUAUUGAUACUGAAAGUGAAAGUGAACAAGAGGAAGAAGAAGAUUUACCAAUAAAAAAAAAGAAAUUACCAAAGUCAAAACUUGAAGAUAUUCAUUCUUUUCUUUGA